UUUUGCAAAUAAAUCCCCCCCGGGAUUGCCGGCUGCCUGCGCGAUGCCGAGGGCGUUGCGGGAUGUCGGGGCCGCCCUCACCUGCCUCCAGCUCCUGCUGCUUCUCGCCGGCGUGGAGCUGAGGCCCCACGCGUGGGACGAGGACAGGCUCCAGCUGGAAGCCAUCAAAAAGGGGAUCCUGGAGCGAUUGAGGAUGCCCGCUCCACCCGUGAUCCGGCACCGGCUGGACCAGGAGAGCAUCCGGAGAGCGCAGCGGCUGUACCAGCAGAAAGUGGCUGAGCUGACGGGGAACCGGAGCCGGGAGGAGGAGGGAGCUGUGCCCGGGACCGGGCGCCUGCAUCGCCUGACCCCCACACUGCUGCGCUGGCCGGACAUCCCCCGGGGACAGCAGGACCCCCGGGGACAGCAGGACCCCCAGGGAGACCAGGACCUCCAGGGAGACCAGGACCCCUGUGGUCCCUACCGCUACCAUCUCCUCCUCUCCCGCACCGAGGCUUUCCACCGGCAGCUCCGGGUGAUGCAGGCGGAGCUGAAGCUCUUCAAGCAGUCGCUGGCAUCCCCCGGCAUGUCCCCUCUCGAUGCCUCAGUGCCCCCCCGGGUCAGCAUCUACAUGCUAGGGGGGGCUCACGGGACCCCCCAGCUCCUGCGUAGCCAAGAGCUGGACCGCGAUGCCCUGAGCCUGGACCUCACGGCGGCCAUCCAGCCCUGGGCUGCCGGUCCCGAAGACACGCUGCGCCUGGAGCUGGCCUUCACGGCCGACGUCUCAGCCUUGCUGGCCACCUCGGGGGGCGAGACGCUGGUGCUGGAGGUGGAAACCCAUGAGACCACGGGUCGGAGGGCCAGGAGAGCCCGGGGGCUGGAGGAGGAGUGCGGGAAGAGCGAUGGGAAGUGUUGCCUCAAGUCGCUCAAGGUCUCCUUCCAGGACAUCGGCUGGUCGGACUGGGUCAUUGCCCCCAACAGCUACUACAUGAGGUUCUGCGAAGGUUCCUGUCCCCACAACUACAAGCCAGCCAGCAUGCACGCCCAGAUCAAAGCCCGCAUGCACUCCCUCUCCAAAGCCACCCCACCGCCCUGCUGCGUCCCCGCCGGCUACGACCCCAUGGUGCUGAUGCACUACGACGGCGAGGGCAGGCUGGUCUCCAGCCUCUUCGAGGACAUGCUGGUCACCAAGUGCCACUGUGCCUGAUGGCAUCGCCGCCGCCUCGGACUGGGACCCAUCACUGCCUGGAUGGGACAGAGCCUGCCCGCCUCCCGGCAGCUCCGGCAUCCCAAAAAACAGACCCAGUGGCACGAAGUGCCUCCACACCGGCCACGACUCCGCUGUCCGACUCAGCCCCGGGGGUCUCCGGUUGCGAACCCCACCUCCACAGGCCACAAUAACUUAUUCCCCCCUCUCUUCCCUUAUUUAAAACUGUAUUUUAUUUGAUGGGUGGAUCCUUCCCACCGAGAGAGCCCGAACGGGCCGGGGUCGGUCUGUCCCCGGGUGGCCGCAGCCCACCCCAUGUCUGAGCAUCAUCUCUUCUCUGCUUAGAGACUUAUUUAUACAACCCCCUUAUUUAUUGCUAACUUAUUGUAUUUUAUAGCAAAAUACCUUUUUUGGGUAAGUUUUUUUUGUGUGUGUGUGUGUAUUUGUAUUUUAUAUAUUUCUAGAAAACAGAAAUAAUGUAAUAAAGUAAAUGAAUAAAGUGAUGGGAACGAG